GGGAAUCACGCACCUCGAGCAACCAGAGUACCAAGCUCGCUAUGGAUGCAUGUCAUGCCGCAAGCAGCUUCGUUGGCUGCUCUGGCUGUUGGUUGAGACGGCAGCCCAGGAGCUGCAGUGCGAGGUUCAGAACUGCUUGCCGCCAGACUCCACCCAGAACCCUCAGAUCUGCUACAAGAGAACAGCCACGACACAACGCCUGGGCGCCCGCUCCUAUUCGACGUGCCCUUCCGCCACGCCCUACUGCUCGUUCUGCCAUGCGGACCCGCCUUGCGAGAGCAGAUGUCAGGCCUCCCCGCCGGAGCUACGGCCGCCAGGAGCUGAGUGCUACUACGACGCUGACUGCGCCGGCCCCUUUGCCAGGUGUUUGCAGCGGAUGUGCCGAAGAGCGCUGCUUACACACCAAGCCUGUGAUGCCAACGAUGCCAAUGACCUGUGCGUCACGGGCCAGCGCAUCUGCUUCCGCGGUCGCUGCCUGGGCUUGAGCACCGGCUCUCCGUGCAGCGCGCAUGUGGAAGGCGCGGACAUCGAGUGCAACCACGGCUGGUAUUGCUUCUUGGGGGUUUGCACGCCUCAGCUGCCGGCAGGCCAUAGCUGCACGGGUCUCCACCCGGACGAAUGCCUCCACGGCUAUGGCUGCAAUUUGGCGGUGGAACGCCCGCGCUGUAUCCGGGAGUACAGCUUGACUGUGGGCGAGACCAGCAGCACAGGGAAGCUGUGCAUGACCAAUCACGUCAAUCCCGUGCGGAAGGAGUGCGCACAGCUGCCGGAGCUCGAGCUGGAGUACGGCCGGCCAUUGGUGAGCGGCCGGGACUGCCUGCAGGAUGGCGAGUGCCCGCGCACGGACACCUCUAUUGGCCAGUGCCUCUGCAAGCAGUGGUGGGAAGGUCAAGGCCAGCCGGGGUUCUGUGAGCUCUCGGUGGCUCAGCCCUGGCGCCCGGCCUUCAGGCGGUUCUGGGAGGCCGCCACCUACUGCCACCACAACUGGACCCCGGAGCGCUGUGCGGCGGAGUUGGGACUCGAAGAGGUCUUGGCCCAGGUGCAGCUCGACCGGGCGCAGCUCUCCGCAGACCCCACGGAGAUCCAGAGCUGCGCUGCCGACCUCCUGACGAUCUUCGCGCCCGAUGCCGCACGCCUCCGAGGCCUGCCGAUCCUUCCGCUUGGCAUCGCCCUCAGCCGAGCUUUCGCUAGCUGAGACGAGCGAUUUUUUGGAGCUGGGGUUUGGCUUAUGAGUGCCUUGUCCGAG